CUUACUGCCACCUGUAAACAAAAAUGGCUGGUUUGUUAAACGACUCCGAAUGGAGACUAGAGAAUGGAGAUCUUAUUCAGCAGAUAGCAUUUUUAAGCCACUUGCAAAAGAACCCCUCGGGUAACAGUAAACUGUAUGAGGCCAUUACUGCAGGCAGGAUAGGAUAUGAGCUGUACCAGAGAGUCAGCGGGGCCAGAGAGUUAGAUGCCUACAGGAACCAGACAAUAAUGGCCAUAGCAGAUUACGUAAAGAAGCAUCCAAAAGCAUCAGAAAAAGAACUGGUCCAAGAGGUUCAGAAGCAGUUAGCCAUAUUUGCACAAAAAGUGGAGAACCUUUAAUCAGACACUGUUAUGUAUACAUUACUACAUUGAUGUCAUUAACUGUCCUGCUCAUGCAUUUUAAGUAGACCUCAUCCUCACCACACCUUUGUGUCUUGGUAUUGAGCCAAUAAGAGAUGUUAAAGUGCAAAGGAAAUCAGACUCACGUGUGUUAUACUACCCUGGAUUUUCUGCCUUACAUCAGUUUAUUUUGCUCUUAUGAAGAUACAAGAGAACUUUUGGAGUAUAAAAAAAAGAAAAACCUAUCAUGAGACUUAAACUCAGGGCUCACUUUUAUGGCAUUGUAGCUGUGAAUACCAACAGACAUUAAUGAAUGUGGAUUUUAAUAGAUAUUUGGAAAAAAACACUUACUAAAUGUAAUUUAAUUAAUCCUUUUAUCUCUUUUUGUGGUUCACUUCAUGUUUUCAUAAAAUGGGAGAUAAGCAUUUUUGUCCCUUUUUGCAUGUAUAUCCUUUUAUGUUAAAAGGAUGAUUGUAGAAGAUGGAUAACGUGGAAACAUUUUUAGUAUAUUCAUUCAAAAAGAAGCACAAUCGAUUAGGGAAGUGAAGAUGUUUAUUAUCCUAUGUACAGUGUUUUCAUUAAAUCUUAUCUGAUUAUCCCAAAGACCCUAAUAUUUUACCAUGAACCUAACCAGUAUAAUUUUAUUUUAGAUAAGUCUACUACAAGCAUGUAUACUACCUGCCUUCUCUGCUCUCAGUUUACCUGGAGCAAGUGUAUCUGAAUUGCUAAUUGCCGGUUUGAUGUAAGACGGUGAAGGAGUAAUAUGCUGUAUUAGAAUGUCAUAUAUUUUAUGUUCAAAGGAGUUUAUCUUGGUCAAUAAAUGUAUAUACAUUAAAACAA